UGGGAGCCCGAGGAGAACAUCCUGGACUCCCGCCUCAUUGCCGCCUUCGAGCAGAAGGAACGAGAGCGUGAGCUGUACGGGCCCAAGAAGAGAGGACCUAAGCCUAAAACUUUUCUUCUGAAGGCUCGGGCCCAAGCGGAGGCCCUCCACAUUGGGGAUGUACACUUUUCUGUCAAGCCUGGUUCCAGCACCUCCUCUCCCAAGCUCCAUUCCAGCGCCGCGGUGCACCGGCUCAAGAAAGACAUCCGGCGAUGCCAUCGCAUGUCCCGGCGCCCCCUGCCUCGUCCAGACCCCCAGAACAGCGGGAGCGUGGGUGGCGGGGCUGGCAUCCGUCCUCCUGUCUCACCCUUCUCGGAGACCGUCCGCAUCAUCAAUCGUAAGGUGAAACCCCGUGAGCCCAAGCGCAGCCGCAUCAUCCUCAACCUCAAAGUCAUUGACAAAGGUGGGAAGACAGCCAAUGGGGCUGGGGGCCUGGCUCGACCCAAGAUCCCAUCCCGAAACCGUGUCAUUGGCAAGAGCAAAAAGUUCAGCGAGAGCGUCCUCCGCACCCAGAUUCGCCACAUGAAGUUCGGCACCUUUUCACUCUACAAUAAGCCAUCCGCUGCGCCUGCCCCCUCUCUGGAGGGCAAAGGGGAGGCCGAAGGCUCCCAGGCAGCCUCCUGUGGGCUCAUUAUGGGUUCCACCCCCUAUGAUGCCCCCAGCUCCAGCUCCUCUGGCUGCCCCUCCCCUGCCCCCCACUCUUCUUCCGACCCAGAUGAUUCCCCUCCAAAGUUGCUCCCUGAGACCCUCAGCCCAGCCAUCCCCGACUGGCGUGAGUCAGAGGUCCUUAAAAACCCUGAGCCCGCUGCCACCAGCAAGCGUUCUCCCCCAGGAGGGUGCAGUGGGGGGCAGACGCCCUCCUUGUCCCUCUCCUCUUCUGACCCAGAGCAGGAGGCCGGCGACUGGCGUCCCGAGAUGUCCCCUUGCUCUAAUGUGGUGGUCACGGAUGUCACCAGCAACCUCCUCACCGUCACCAUCAAGGAGUUCUGCAAUGCAGAGGAUUUUGAGAAGGUGGCAGCGGGCAGCGGUGGUGGAGGGGGCAGCAAGUGAGCAGCCAGGUCCCCCCACUCCAGGGGC